AUGCCAAUUUUGAAUGCUUUAAUUGUAUUUAGUUAUUUGCUUCCAGCUUCAAUCAGCGUUCUCUAUAUUAUAGGAAUGGCAGCAAGAUUCUUUGAUUUGCGAUCCAAUAUUCAAGCUUAACCGCUCCCUUAUAAUUACUCAAUCAUUUUGCGGAUUACACUAUUAACUUUAGAUAUUAGUAAAUUUAUUAACUACUCAGAGCUGCUGAAUUCGUUGAAUUUAUUCUAAUGAUAUUUUAAAGCGACGAAAAAAACUAUUUCAUCUCUGGAGUGCUCUUUGUAAACAUUUCAGCAAUUAUCAUGCAAAUUAUUUUAAUGGUAUGAUUCAUUUAAUUUUAGACAUACGAAUACAAGAAAUAAGUACCAAUGUUCUUUGCUCACAAAAUAUAUUGGGUCUUAAAUUGGUUGUUUUUAAGUGUCACUCUUACAUUACUCAUUUUCUAUGUAGUAUUUUCAUUAAUUACUCUAGUAAGGGAAGAUAUUUGAAUACACUUUGCUUGUGUUUCGAGUUCUUGAUUAUACAAUACUUAUCAUCUUUACUCUCUUCAUUAGACGAUAGGACAUAGCAGAAUUUGAAACCUUGGGCUUUUGGAGGAGUGAAUUACCGAUGAUCGAUUUAUCAGAAUCUCAAAGACACAGGACAUCAACAGUGAAUAGUAUUUUAGAUACUUAAUUUAGAUUCCCAAAGCUCCUUUUUACUAAAAAUAGAUGUCAAGAAAUAAUGGAAUAUAGUAGAUGACGAUAUAGAAGUUAAAAUAGACGUGUAAUUAAUAGUUAAUUAUCAUUUAAAGCAUAAUCGUUGGAGCAGAUAAACAAUACAAAUUAAAAAAGAGGCUAUCUGAGAUCUUCUAUCAUCAUCAAUAGUAUAUAUUCGAGAACAACGAUUACUUUGACCAACAUUCUAAUGAUUUAUUACAAAUCAAUUUCCUAAUGAAGUAGAUGCAAGAGAGCUAGGACUUAGUGCUAAUUAAUUAAAUUCAGAAAUACUUUAAUUUUAUCGUAAGUAAAUUGGAAUUGAUUACACCUUCCUUUGUCGAAUUCAUUUAAUUGCAACAUUCAGAGAGAAUGCUAAUUGAAGAAAUGAAAUUAGCAAACCACUCCUAAAACUUGCAUAAAUCCUCUAUGAUAAUCCGUAAGAAUUAACCAAAUAAGAAAUAUAAAUGGGAUAUCCAAUCGUAAUAUUUGCCGUAUUUAGAUGUUCGAAUUACGGAGUUUCAAACCAUUAAAAAUCUUACAGAAACUUAUGUACAAUACACAUUGAUGACACAAUUUGAGGAUGAGACUCUUAUGGUUUAAAGAAGAUUUAAGGAAUUCUAUGAGUUUAGUGAACUUAUGAAAAAUAUCGCAGAAGUCAAAAACUUUCCUCCUUUCCCUCAAAAGUCAUUGAUUAAGAUGUCAAAUGAAGAAAUAGAGGAGAGAAAGUAGGACUUAGAGAUUUUUAUGAAAGUAUUGUUGAAUGACCGUUAAUAUCACGUCUCUGCUCUAUUCAAGUUCAUUGGAAUGUCUCAAUAUUUAGAAGAUCAAGUUAGGAACUUAUAAGCCAAAGUAAUUAAGGAGAGUGAAUUGAUAGUCAAAUUGAACAUUAAAAAUACAGGAUUUGAGGAGGUUGUGGGAAAGGAUGGUGAAAAAUUCAUUAGAUACUCAUUUGUCAUCGGAUCAGGGGAUUCAAAGCAUUCUAUUUGGAAGAGAUUCAGCCAAUUUGAUGAACUACAUAGUAUUUUGAAAUAGAGGUAUGAGAACGUAUGAGAUUCUAUUUUUAGAUAUCCCUUAGUGCCUUAAUUGCCUUAUAAGACUACUGCGGCAUUAUAGUAGAUAAAUCCGAAUGUGAGAUGCGUGAAUCUCUAAUAAUAUUUGCUUGAUUUAAUAAAGGUACCUACGAUAGGUGAGAAUGCUCAUUUGAGGUAGUUUUUAGAGGUGAGAAGAUUUGAAUUUAAUGUGAAUGAUUCUGGAUUUGAAGGAUCCUAUUCUUAAUUUGAUAACAUUUUGUAAAAAUUAGAUAAUAAUAAUAAAGAUAUAGAAUAAUUGGAAAAUAUGCACAAUAGAUUGUGGUAAUGA